AUGCCCAUUGCUCGCCGACUCUCUUCACGCCCGUCGACGCGUCCUUCUACGCCAUCCCAGCACUUGCUCCAGCCAGAAGUAGACACCGAGAAGCCGUUAUGGAGCAAGACGCCGCUAUUGAGGUCGGAGAAGAUGUCCGACAGAUUGGGAUGUGAUGUGUAUCUGAAGCUUGAGAACCUCCAACCACCCCUGUCAUUCAAGUACCGUGGCAUAUCCCUCUUCGCCCAGCGCGCAUUGGACGGCCACGGUCCGAAUGUACAUCUCAUCUCCGCUUCCUCUGGCAACACCGGCCUCGCCCUCGCGUACAGCUGCAAGCGGCUCGGCAUCAAGUGUACGAUCUUCCUCCCCGAGGGGGCAUGCAGGAUCGUGCCCCUGCCUGAGAGGGAAGGGGCGAAGGUCGUGGUAGGAGGAAAGGAGUAUGUGGAUGCGUUGGGAGCGGCGAGGAAGGCGUUGGAGAAUGAGAAACAUGCAGUGAUGAUCCCCUCGUAUGACGACCCCAUAAUAUGGGAAGGACAUGUCUCCAUGGUGCACGAGAUCAAGAGACAACUUCCCCCCGGCGAGCGCCCUGCAGCGAUCUUCUGCGCCGUAGGAGGCGGAGGCCUACUGGGUGGAAUCAUGCAAGGUUGUACCGAGGUCGGGUGGCCUGACGUCAACAUCGUUGGAUGCGAGACUGUGGGAUCCAACUGUUUCCACCGUACGAUGGUCGCCAACUCCUCCUUUGCCAGCGAGAAGGGCAAAAUCCCUCUUAUCCCGGCCUCUCUCGCAAAUGGUGUCACUCUGCAGAAGGAAGGAAGCGUGAAGAUAGCUUCUCUGGACAAACUUGACUCUCGUGCUGCGUCCUUGGGUGCGACCGCCCCUUCUGCAAGAGUCGUCUCAACCAUUCUGAAGAGAGGAAGAGUGUGCUGCAUGUCUGUUCCCGAUCCGCUUAGCAUGGAAGCGUGUGCACUCUUUGCGGAGGAACAUAAGAUGCUUGUAGAACUCGCCUGCGGUACCGUCCUGGUACCUGCCUACAAUCCAGCUCUGUAUCAUACCAUCCUUGCCUACCAUCCCACCCUAGAGAAUGACCCAGAGACCCGCCGACCGCUCGUGUUUAUCGUUUGCGGCGGCGCUAAGAUCUCCGUGAAAGAGAUCGAAGAAUAUGACACUAUCGCCGAGAAGGAGGCAAGGUCGCACCAGUUCGCAUUCAUAGAUCGCAUAAAGACGGAAUGGUAGAUGUUGUAAUACACACGCAUUUCA